UCUCAAUCCUCCUGUUCGCCACUCUUCCGCCGCGUCUACGCUGUUCUGUUUUGGCUGCGACGACAAACGAUAGCGACCCGGCAGUUCUAAGCAACGUUCGCGUAUUCCGGUUGUGCGACUUCUGGUGUUGUGCUUAUCGUUCUUAUUGUGCCACAGCUUUGGAUAUCAUUCCAGUCUGGAAACGUUCCCCCACACUGUCCAAGACCAGCAAUGUUAAAGCUGCUGCUGCUGUUGGGCGCCAUUGCGCUGGCCACCAGCGAUCCAGUCCACAUAAUUUCCUACAACUUGGAGCAAACGGUCACCUCCUCCACGUUGCAAUGGGUGUCCACCGACGGCCGGGACUCCUCCAUACUCAAGUACGCGGUGAUCGCGGCUUACCAAACCGUCGACGGUUCGAACGAGCCCGCCCUUACCGGAGAGGAGAACGACAUCGCUAAACAACAGGAACCCGUCUACAUUUGCCGCGCCCGAGUAACUGGAGUUUGGGUAACUGGGCAGUUGCGCUCCCGCAACCAAGUGUGCACCACUUCGCUCUACAAGAAAGUGGAGGAUUAUCGCCAUUUCGAGGUGCUGAUCAACAUUGAUCACAGCGCCAGGCUGAGCUGGGUGGGCAAGAGCAAGUACACGAAUAUCCCGCAAGGCGCCGUGACCAGCGGCGAGAACCUACUCAAGACAUUUGUGGCGAGAAAACCCGUAGAAGGGGGCGCUUUGAGCCACUACGUGGGCACAUUCAACCCGUCUGAGAACCUCGGGAUGUACCAUCUGGUGGACGAGAACAACAACGAAAUCACCUUCGAAGAGGGCGAGAUCCUGGUGGAAACUGAGCCGAUUGCCUACGAGUUUCGGCAGAUCAAGCUCAAGCGCACUGGCAGGCGCUUUCCGAAGAAGAGGCUGACAUUGGCGCAGACUAUUCUGAAGAACGACGAAUCGGGCAUUCAGCGAGUGGAAAGCGUGAUGACCUACAACUACACCUACUUCCUUAGCUGGGGGAAAGGGCAUGGAAUGCUCACUGGGCUGCCCUUCACAGUGGUGCUCCCCAAUGGAAAACGACUCAAUGGAACAUGGGCGCUGCCCACGCCGGAGGACAAAGUGGAAACGCUUCCCGUGGAGAAAUACCUGGAUGAAGGCACAGCAGUCAACAUCAGCCUAGUGGGGAACUACACGGAGACCGAAGUCCCCUACACCGCAACAGUUGUAGCGAUCUACAAGGACGGCGAGCGGUUGGACUUUACCAUCGAGGACAUCCAAAGGGAGAACAAAAUGGUGGACGUCGCGUUCGACUUCAGCCCAGUCUAUUUCCUCCAUAACAACAGCUACGUACCAACUACAACCACCACUACCACCACCACGACCACCACCACAACCACCACCAGCAAAUCGACCACCACGCAAGAAGCCACGCCCAUGGCGGCCCCUGAGGUGGUGCUGCGACGGAAGCAGGAAGAGCUGCAUGCGGCCAACCCCAAAGAACAAGAGAACGAGGUAAGAAUCGCGUCCUCAUUGGCCAAGAAGCCGGACGCUGCAGCGUCCAGCGCCACCACUUUACCCCCACUAUUAGCCACGACACUGGCCUGCAUUCCCAUAGUGCUCAGGCUCACAUAAGUUUCGCAGUUUUCCCAGAAACCGGGCAGCUUGUUUUAGACUUUUAGUUGGCAGUUUUUCAUACAGAGUGAUUGUUGCGUGCAGAUCACGCCUCCCUUCAGUUAAAGUGGGCGGGGCUUCGAACGCGGGUCCUCCCAUUGGGAUAAUUUACUUUUUAGAUUAUACUUUAAGUUACAUACAAGGGGCGUAAUUGGGAAAAAUAUAUAGGGUGGCCCAGGACAGACACCUAAGUUUCCCGUUCAAUAAUUCACCUUAAAAUCUGCAAUGAAAUACUCCUGAAUUUCCACAGGAAACACCGUAAUGUACUGCAUUCAAAGUGGGAAAUCCGGAAACUGGAGCUAGCAUACCUCAAAUAUGGGUUUGCACCAGUGGCCACCCAUAUUUGGCGUGUAGUAUCUCCAGUUUUCCGCUUUCCCAUUCGGAAGGAAUCACCCUGUAUAUGAAGAAGCGUAUUGAAUCGCUCUGUAUAACUGGUCUGUUUAGUUUAGUGCGUUGUAAAUAGACUGUGUAAAUAGGGGGCGACUGUUGUGCCGGCAUUUGGACUUUUUGCUGUUUAUUAAUAUUAUGAUUAAUUACUACUACUGUCUUCGUCCUUAGUCUGUAGGCUUAUCUAGACCGUUCCCGGGAACUUAAGAGGUGCUUUUGAUUUACCACAUUGUUUGUUGUUAUUUAAUUUUAUUUGUUUCAUUAUAGUUAGGUUGUAUUGUAUGUUAGAAGGUGGAUUGGACGCCUUUGAUGCGCUGUAGUUGAAAAAACAAAACAAUGAAGAAAUCUAUAUUUUGCAUAUAGUGGCGGCGCGGUAUAAUAUAUAUUUUUGCUAAAAACCGAGGAAUUUUGUGUUCAGUAUUCGGAUGUGUAGCGCGUGUAUAAAUAUCGUCGUGUCCAGCUAAUCAAACGAGGUGUGAUCAAAACGUUGUAUAUCUACUAACCUAUAUUAUUGUAACCAUUCCAAUUAAGUUCAAAGUACAAAAGUUUUGAAAAGCCUCCCUUCUAUAAGCUAUCCUACGUAUAUAAUAUGUGAUACAUGAGCAUAUGUAAUAUGAUUUUCCGUAUUUGAUGCGAACAAGUUCGCUGUCCAGCCAAGCCUAGAUCGGAUACUUUCGGGAGGUACUGGCGCUUUAGUUAGUUGGGUACCAAUCGCGGCGAAUCGGGUUUAAGUACCUCAAAGGGACUGACAUGUAUAGAUUUUACAGACUUUUAAUGUACAUUUCAUGUAUUAUGUAGAUAUAUCAAUAAAACACAUCAAUUAUG